CGGUACAUGACCCUGCUCACUCGUUCACAGACAGCAGGGAUGGAUCAGAAGGCCGGCGAGACUGACGAAGCCUAUGAGACACGAUUGGCGGCCAUCAUGGCCGAAAGCAAGCAACGGGCAGAAGCAUCAGCAGCAGCACGGAAGAAGAGGGAGGCAGAGGCAGCGAGGCUGCGUCGGGUGGCCGAAGAUCAACGGCAGAAGCACGCAGCAGCAGCAGCAAAGGCCGUCGAUGAAGAACGCGUACGGCGGCGAGAGAUUCUCUUCAAGGAGGAAACUGCAUUACUCGCACAGGCCAAGGAUUGGCAGAAGGAGGCCGAGAAUGGAGACUCCGUUGACUACGGGACAAGGAUUGCUCUCUUGCUCAACCGCGUCACGGACCUCCUCGCUACUUGCAUCGCACAGCAGGAGGACAUUCACUCUCUCGACCACGCCAAUCAGACGCUGACUAAGCGCAUACAGCAGCUGGAGCAGCGACCAGUCGCCACCUCCAGCACCGGCCCCUCCGACCUCGUCGACCGCGUCAACGUCUUGGAGAUGGACGUGGGAACGCUCAAGACCGAGACACAGCGACUGGACCAGCAGAACAGCAUGCCAAGUGGAGACUGGAUAUCUGAGUUCCAACGCCUGGCAAGCACGCCCAAGCUGCCACUGAACUUCGACGACAUCAAGCUUUACUUCAUCAAGAGGUCGUGCCCAGCGUUGCAAAAUGCAUUAACUCAGGUCGCUGAGAACCUCAACACAAGUGAGGAACUCUUCAACAAGGCCGCGCAGAUCAUUGUGAUGAACUUGGAGGCCAAGAACAUUGGUCGUUCGUCGACAGUCGGCCAGGGCGCGUAUCAGCAUCGGCCGAAAGUGGCCGUGGUCGCGACAGCAACGCCAAGCGACCCUUCAACUUCAAACGAGGCUGCCUCGUCUGACGAGGGAGACAAACUAGCAGCUGCCCAGAAUGGUGGCCGCCCCGCCAAAGGACGAGGACGCGACAAAACGAAGACAAACACCACUUCUUCUGGGCCCGGACAAGCAGCUCCAGCUCAAGAACCUUGGGCACAAUACGGUUUGACGGAGCGCGGGUAUCGCAUCCGCAGCAAGUACUGUUAUUGUUUGUGGUGCAACAGCGCGGCACAUGAAACCGUGAACUGUCCCACUAAGGCCAAGGGCCCCGCUCAGUCGGGAAAGUGAGCAGCGCCGAGAGUGAUGCGACGACACUCUCAACGCCUUCGGAACCGGUUGCCGUACGGGUAACCUCCCUCGGUUCCGGGGCACAUGCGGAAGU